CGCUCACUUUCAUUUCAAGAUAAUAAUAAAAUAAAUAAAAACCCAUUUCAUUUCCAUAACACCCAACUCAACCUCUGCCAUAAAUCUCUCUCGAGUGAUAUAAUUUAUAUGGAUAAUUGGAGAGAUCACCAUCAUCAUUAUCAAGAAGUUACAAGGACAAAAUUAAAUAAUAAUAAUAUCUGCAAAAAGCCUCCUUUAGGUGGGAGUUCGAAUUGGCAACAAGGCGUCCCUUCAUGGGAGAAAAAAUUUUGUGCUUCAGUUGGCUCUAUACCAUGGAAGAAACUUGUGGAGUUAAAGAAAUUCAUCCAUUUAUACGACAAUGUAAUAAAUUGGAACGAUUCUGCAGGAAAAGAAGCAUUCGAAAACGCAAAAGAUAAAUUCUAUGCAGAUAUGUAUAAUCUUCCCCAUAACACCUGGUUACCGGAUCCCGAUAUAUAUAUCGACAACAUAAAUUGGGAUUCUGAGGUAGACCCAAAUCUAUUACUCGAUUUGGAAUCUAAUUCAGUGGUCCCCGAUUCCAGUUCCAAAGACGAACAAGUAAUAAUUUUUGGCUCUACCUUCCCUCCCUCCUAUCAGAGCUUCUCAACUUACGGAUGGGGAGAUAGUGAUGACGACCAAAAGAAAGAUAUAGAUCCAAACACAUCUCCAGAAUACAACGGGAAUCACUGGGAAGUUGAAGGAAACAGAAAGGAUGUUGUUCAUAAUAAUAAUAAUGGUAGUAAUUGGUGGGGGUCGAUUGAAAACGACGAAACAGCCGAAAGAGAUCAAGGUUGGGGUGACAGUAGGAAUGACUACUGGGGUUGGAAUAUGUAUGAUAACAAUAACUAUUUCUACGCGGAUGUUAGAAACGAGCCUAAAGUAGGGAGUGGGAGGUACGCGUCAAAAUAUAAAACUUCAAGGUCCCGUAAGGAUGAUAAUCAGGGAAGUCGUUCCCGGAGGAACAAUGGAAAUGGGACGAAAUCAAGUAAUUAUUGUGCACCGGUGAACCCGAGUUCACAUGGGGGAGUUGUAGCACAUAGAUGGAGUGUAAAGAAAUGAUUUCUUAGUUUUGUACCGUAGGGUUCUAGUUUGCUCAAUGACGUUCGUAUCCGUUAAUGUGCCGAGAGUAAAAUGUUAUGUGUGAGUUAUUUUUUCUGUGCAACUUCUACCUCAAUGUGUUGUGUUAAAUCAAUACUUGCUGCCUUACAUGUGUGUAAUAUUAAUACCUGUAAAAUCGUUAAAUGAGAAUUGAGAACAGGGUCUGGGUCUCGGAUCCCUGUUUAAGAGUUAAUUUAGAAAAUAACACUGUCUCGGCUUACCACUAAUUUAAUGUAAA